AUGGAGUUGGAUAUUCUCCAGGAACUGAGCGAGCUUGAAGCUGACCAACUCGUACUCGGGUUGAGUUUCUUUGAGUCCAAAGCUGAUAAUGAGCAGGAUUCGGUGGAUAUUGGUCAAGCCGCUUUGGCUAUUGGCGAUGCUGUACCGGCUUGGGCGGCAAGCGGCUAUUCUGAUUUUUGGGAUGAACUCAGUCUUGCGUUGCAAACUCCGACAAAUCGAGUCGGGUUUGCUUCGCAUGAUGUGACGGCUGCUCAACUGGAUGUAUGCCUUGCUCAAGAACGAGCUGCAUGUGCAGCUUCCGAGACGCCCAGUCUGGCGGAGAUUCGAGGACUGUUCGCAUUCUUGGAUAUGCAAUUGCUCAAGGUCGCCCACCGCUUAAGCUCGUUAGAGUAUCAGCUGAAACGAAAGGUGUACACCAAAGUCAUCUUCCUGAAAAGUACGUUUCUGGACUCUCGGAAGCGUCGCAUCAACCUCUCUCGAGAAGCUCAGCAAGUGCUUAACGAUUGGUUUUUGGCUCAUAUUGAGCAUCCUUAUCCGAGCGAAUCGGAGAAAGAACAACUUGCUGAUCAAACAAAUCUUACCAUGAGGCAAAUUUCUACUUGGUUUGCCAACAAACGCAACCGGCAAGCGCAAGAUUAA